GCGACAGUGCUCGUAGCCAUUCGGCAACUUUAAACCUCUCCUUAUUUUUUUCUUCAUCCUGUAGACGAUGGCUGUCGACGCUCGACCCGUUCAUAUAGGCAUUCUAGCGCUCCAAGGUGCAUUCGUAGAGCACCAAUCUUCGUUAGAGAGAUUACGUUUGUCGAGAACGAUUCAAGUCAUCCUGGUCAAGACUCUCGAGGAACUCAACCAGUGCGAUGCUCUGAUUAUACCAGGAGGAGAGAGCACAACGAUCGCUCUACUCGCCAAACUCUCCGGCCUCCUCGAGCCUCUCAGACAAUUCGUUAAAGAGAAGCCUGUGUGGGGUACAUGCGCAGGCGCCAUCCUCCUCGCCGAGAAGGUAGAGAACACCAAGAAGGGAGGACAGGAAGUCCUCGGUGGCAUGUCGAUCACCAUUGCCCGAAACGGAUGGGGCUCCCAAGUCGAGUCCUUCGAGGGAGACUUGACCGUAGACGGCCUCCGCAACUCUGGCGAACCAUACAAAGGGUUCUUCAUCCGAGCUCCGGUCGUCGUAGCGUUGCAUCCCAAACCCGAGGACCUCCCAAUCCAAGUCAUCGCCUCCCUCUCACCCGCGCUCCUCCCUCCAGCACUCCAAUCCCCCGACCACUCCGACGAACCCAAAACCUACGUCGCGCUCCGUCAGGGCCUACACCUCCUCACCACCUUCCACCCAGAACUCACCAAAGACGACCGGUUCCACGAGUACUUCGUGACUGAAUGUGUCUUGCCCACUGUUUCUUGAUGCUGUUUUGUUGGGUUCUUAUUGUGCUCAUUUAUCG